UUCAAACUUAUCCAUGCAAAAGGGCCGCAACGAGUGCCAUUUCCAAUUUGUCAACCUCUUCUGAUUCCUUUGUAUUUAUCCAAUCCUCUCAACUGAUCACUCAACAACCUCAUCUCGCGUGGCGCUGAUGCUCCUCUUUCAAGACAAAUCUCAUUAAACAAUCAGCUUUAGCCACCUCAACCAUCCACUAUACAUAGCAAAUCUCUCUUGUACAGGAACAUCUGGACUCUUGAGAAAUCAUCUAGCAAAAAGUUUCAACUAGACCAGCAGGAUAUGGAAGCUGCAUCGCUUAUUUCUUCUUCUUGCUUCACUGUCUCUUCCCUUCCUUCAGCUCUCUGUCCUCAAAAUCUCCACCAUAGGGGCCUGUUUCCAUUAGCUGUAAAUUCGCAGGGAUGUAGAAUAGCUGUUGUCCGCAAAAACUUGAGCUUCUGCCCCAAGGCUGCUCUGAGAGGAAAUGUGCAGGCAACAGGAGUUCCAACUUCUGUGCCAGUAAGAGUGGCACAUGAGCUUCAUCAAGCUGGGCAUCGAUAUUUGGAUGUCAGGACUCCUGAAGAGUUCAGUGCGGGGCAUGCCCCUGGGGCUAUCAACAUUCCUUACAUGUGCAAAGUUGGAUCAGGAAUGACAAAGAACCCCAAUUUUCUGGCAGAAGUAUCAUCACAUUUUGGAACAUAUGAUGAAAUUAUUGUUGGGUGUCAAGUUGGGAAAAGGUCUCUAAUGGCAGCCACCGAACUUUUAGCUGCUGGCUUUACCGCCGUUACAGACAUUGCUGGAGGGUAUGCGGCCUGGACUCAGAAUCAGCUUCCGACAGAAUGAUGAUGCAGCAGGCUUGCGGGAGAAUUAGUUCCUACUACAAUAAGGUUGAAGACAAGAACCCAAGGGUUGAGUGAGGAAAAGAUCUCACAAAUGCAGUAGUAGCAGUAAAUAUGACAUUUACCGGCUGUAUGUGAAAGUAAAUGUCUGGAGAAAAUCGUUUCCUGUUCUUCUGUAGCGAAAAGGAAAACAAAAAAAAAAAAAAACAAAAAGCAAAUAAUAGAUGAAUGGAAGUUGUAAACUUUGUACAUAAAAAUCUCAUCUUUUCAACUUUGAUAGAAAAAUCA